AUGACAGAUCAUACUGAUGCUAGUGUUUUUGGUUUGCAAGUUAAGAUUCUUGAUUCAUGUUGGCUUUUUGUGAUUGGCGCUUGGCAGCAGAAUAUUGGCAGACCAAAAGCAUUUUUUAUUUCAUCCAGUUGGUUCAAUAUUCUGGGAUUUGGUGUACGUGCCAAGUUGGAGGUGGACAGCAAGAGGCGCUUUAAUAUCAAGCUUUGGAAAACAUUCACAGACUGCUUCAACUGUCUGCCAAUUGCUGCUAUUGUGGAUGAGAAGAUUUUCUGUUGUCAUGGAGGACUUUCACCAGAUUUGCAGUCCAUGGAACAGAUUCGCAGAAUAAUGAGACCAACAGAUGUUCCUGACACAGGUUUGCUUUGUGAUUUGCUGUGGUCAGAUCCUGAUAAGGAUGUUCAGGGAUGGGGUGAGAAUGAUCGUGGUGUAUCCUUCACCUUUGGAGCUGAUGUAGUGAGCAAAUUUCUCAACCGGCACGAUUUAGAUCUAAUAUGUCGCGCUCAUCAGGUGGUUGAAGACGGUUAUGAAUUCUUUGCGAAACGCCAACUGGUUACAUUGUUUUCUGCUCCUAACUACUGUGGCGAGUUUGAUAAUGCUGGAGGAAUGAUGAGUGUCGAUGAAACAUUAAUGUGUUCUUUUCAGAUUCUAAAGCCUUCUGAAAAGAAAGCAAAAUACCAGUAUGGAGGUUUGAACUCUGGCCGCCCUGUUACACCCCCUCGCACGGCAAACCCGCCCAAGAAGAGGUGAAUAGCAAAGACAGCCCCAAGCACCUAAUCAUUUGUACACCGAGAUAGUUACAAGUAUACCAGUUCAUAUUCUAAAGUAUGUAACCUGUAAGCACCGUUCAACCAUCUGCUGCUGUCUUUGUGAGCCUCAAUGCUUGUAAAAAGAAAUGAAAUAACUAAGUCUUUUUGAAAAAAGGUUUUCCAGUAAAUACGCAGGUGUGGCAUAUUGUAAUGUAAAUCAAUGUAGUACAGUAAACAGUGCAUUUGACUUUUUUUUUGUUUGUUUGACCUGGGAUGAAGGUCAGCAGAUCUACCUAAGGCUGGGUAAAGGCUAUCCUUCCAACCUUCAAGCUUUAUCUGGCAAUCCCUUUGAAUCUUGCAAUUAAUUUACUGAUUUGGUUAUUUAUUUUUGAAAUGUGUACCUGCAGAUACAGAUGUGGUAUAGGCUCCCCGAAGGCCUAUUGCAAAAACUAUAAAAGCAGUCUGGUAACUAAAGACCCCAUCAAGUUCUACAGUAGUCACAUUUAACUGGUGCAUGGGUUGUCUCAUGUUGGUGCCACUCUGGUACUGUUGCAUGACACAGCUGUGACAUUACCAGUCUGGUUUUCAUAUCAGUUAUCCACAUUUUCUUUGUAGUUGCACUAAAGACUAGCUUUUAUACAGAGGUAUUUAUUUGCCUUGUGAUGAUUCUCCAUGCUAGCUUCUGAAUAGUCUAUAAGACAUUUAAUUUAUGAAGUUGUGAGGGAAAGAAUUGGAAUUAUCAAGCUUAGAAAGUAAACUUAAUGCAAUCUAGCAGAGCAAAUCUAAUGAAUUAAGCUUUUUGAAGCAGUUAAAAGCCAGAGGAAGGUUCAAGGGAAUGAGUUUUGUUUUUCCUAGCUUUAGAAUUAAAUAUUUUAAUUUCUGUGUAGGUUUUCACACAACCUGUGGCUCCCAUGAUUUUCUGAUUUUGCGUACGCAUGCAGAACCCAGUUAGUAUCUGAGCUGUUACACAUGGUCUUGUAUCAUCAGUAAUGACCCUAUAGAAAGUUAACAAAGAAGUUUAAGUCUCAAAUGUUUAGCUCUAAAGAUCCAUCCCAGUCCUGAGAAUUUGCAUCAUUGCAAGUGUGCGGAGAGGGUAAGGAGGGGUGCUGACGUUUGCUUGUCUUAGUUUGGAAUGCCAGAGAAUAUGAAUGUCAUAAUCUAAACGUUUUUUUUUAUUAAAACCACAAUUGCAUGAUUUACUGAUAGAUCUAGCAGCCCUUGUUUUAAUGGAUUUGUGCUCAUAUUCUGAAGAUUGAAACUGUAGCUUUCCAAAGGCAAAAUCUGGAUUGUGCUGCCUUUGAGGGCUGUUCCCUUAUUUAUGUAAAUCAGUUAUAAUGAAGCCUGAGGGCAUUAUUCUGUUGAGAUUGUUUUGUUAAGGAUGCUGAUUUCUGCUGUUUUCAAUGCAACCUUAAUCCUGAUAUAAAGAUUUUGUUUCUUUUCUCUGCAAAGUGUUGCUGUUUGAUCUGUUAACUCUUGCACAGUAGCAAGUCUUCAACUCUUAUGAAAAUAGGUGGAAUAAUGUCAUAUUUAACUGACUAAACUCAUUUUAUAUCAUUACUGAAAAGGGCAAGUGUCAUGUCACUUGUGGUAGAUUGUGUAAAGAGGUUCUUCCUUCUCUAAUGCUUUUUUCUUUUGCUCCUUCUUUCUUUUAAUGGUACUGUAUCCUUUAAGAGCAAAGCUUUAGUUGGUGCUGUCACUGGAUUUCACAUGCCAGAGAUGUCAUGAGUUUAGUAAUAUAUAACAUUACACCAUUUACUGUUUUGCACUGCAUGGGAGAGGUCUAGUGUUGAGAAUUUAUAAUGCGUGAAGUAGGCAUUACAAAGAAGUUGUAGAUAGUGGUAUUUAUUUCUACAGAUUAUUUUAAGAACAGAAAAGUUGAGGAUUUAGAAGGAUAUUGGCUUGAAACACAAACCUUUAGUGUCCAGCUUUUCCUAUUUACCAUUUGGAUGCAUUUUAAACAUCGUGCUAAUGUUUCUGCAUCUCGUACUGUUUCUGUCUUACUCCCAUGGGAGAUGAAUAUUUACAUUUUAAGUAAACAAGUUUAAAGAAGUAAAAUGUAAAUUUAGAACAUGAAUUUACACAUUCUGCUCCCACUGUCCUGACCUACUGCAAGUUCACCUUAGCUUUACCAUAACUCAGCAAGAUCUCCUUCCAUUGCCACUGGGUUAGAAUUCAAACUUCUCCCUUUUUAUGAUUUAUCUGCUUACGCUUGGUAUUACUCUUGUUCAUACACUCUUUUUCGCAGUAGUCCAAGUGUGGUCUUAGCAACGACUUGUAAAUACCCCAAUUUCUGAAAACCUGCAAGUUACCUCCUGGCUUUAUAUCUUCACACUAUGUCUGUUUGCUUUUACAUUUUCCCCAUACUAUUUGAUAUUAAAAGUGCAGUACUGAUUACCCCAGAUAACCUUCCAAGUAUCCUUAUGGAAAUUGAAUUCCUUUCCAUAUACUCUCAAGACAUCGUUAUGAAUUGGUCAAGAAUACUGCUCUCAUUUAUCUGAAUUUCAUUUGCCAUAUAUCUGACCCAUCACCAUCUUUCUGUGGAUUUAUUGUUGAAACCUGUUCUGCUUUUCAUGUUUUAUUGUCAUCAGAAAUUUAUUAACAUAUGUUUGACUUAGUAGAUUUUGGACAAAUGUAUAUAAAUUAAUCCCUUCAAAAUUCUUUGUUUUGCAAUCUGACAAUGCUGCUCCCUUUUCCAACUUUCUCAUCAAUGUACUAACCAUUCGCCUGAUUUACUCUAGAUUCCUGUGUUUUUAAUUUCAUUUUAAAUACUACUUGUCAGAAACUUUCAGCUUGAAAAGUUCAAAUAAGCUGUUACUUGGAGUUAUCAUUGCUUGUAUCGUGUGGAAACAUUCAGAAAAUGUACUGAGUAAGAUCCUUCUCCUUCUAAAUGAAUGUUGUCCUUCAAUUUUAUCUGUAGGGUAUGCCUUUGGCUUCUGCCUUAGAACAGUUUUUUUAAUAUUUUGUCUGUAGGUGAGACUGAUGGCUCCACAUGUACCUGGUCAGAUUCACUGGCAUUUUAAAACAUAUAUUGAUAUAUAUUUUCUGCUUCACCUCGUGUGUCAUCAAUUCCUCUUUAAAGACUACGGUUUUGUUCAUCAAAUAUUCAGUAAAUUUCCUCUGAUAAGUCUUACCAAAUAUGUUAGGAUUUCCUAUGGUGAAGUUGUAGGUGGAUUGAUCAACUCUUUACUAUAAAUGGACUGCACUUAUGUUUUUGUAAAAUAAGAAACAGAAGCCUUCGAGGAAAUUGGUAAAUUCAUCUCCCACCCUAGGAGCCUAUAUCAGAUUUUGCAUCUGCUGGGUUUGUUUUCAGCCCAUUCAUUUCACCAGGAUCAAUUAUUACAUAACAUAAGACUUGACAGUGAAGGCUGUUGAAAGAAAGUCAUAUAUAUUCUUUUUCUGGCCUUUGGAGAGAGCUUCAUACAUAUUAGUGAUGGUAGAAACCUAUUAACAGCAAGUUUGCCAAUAACAGAAAAUUAAAACAUUGUAACAAAAUGUACAGCUGUCACAGUAUGUAACACAGCUGCAGAAGACCCAUGUAUGUUUUCAACAACGGUGUUAGUUAUGGAAAAAAAGUAUUUAAUUAACUUCUAAGCUUUUCUUUAAAAUUGCCUGUUUUUGUUUGUUUGCUUUGACUAUUAAAAUUCCUAGGAUUAAAUGUUGCACUUCUUUCCUUCCAAGCUUCUUCCAAAGCAUCGUGCGACACAAUCUUGUUCUGUGCAAAAUUGUUCAGGCUACAAGUUUUCAGAAUCCACUUGUUUGUCAUUUUUGAAUAAAUUUAUAAAAACUUA